UCCCUGGCGUGACUCGGCACUGAGAGCCCGUGGAGAAGACGCCGCCGCCGCCAGCUCCCCUGGCCAGGCCUCGGCCUCCUGGAACCAGCUCCCUCCCGUUCCCGGGUCUUCUCCAUCAGUUUGGAAGCCGGUGGCGUCGCGGCCGCCCCGCCGGGCUCUCUGAGAAUGGUGGGAGUGAAGCCGGUCGGAAGCGACCCGGAUUUCCAGCCGGAGCUGAGCGGCGCGGGCUCCAGACUCGCCGUGGUCAAAUUCACCAUGCGAGGGUGUGGACCAUGUUUAAGGAUUGCUCCCGCAUUCAAUUCUAUGAGUAAUAAGUAUCCACAAGCAGUUUUCUUGGAAGUAGAUGUACAUCAGUGUCAGGGCACAGCUGCCACCAACAAUAUAUCAGCAACACCUACCUUUCUGUUUUUUCGAAACAAAGUGAGAAUUGAUCAAUAUCAAGGAGCAGAUGCUGUGGGAUUAGAAGAAAAAAUCAAGCAGCACCUAGAAAAUGACCCUGGAAGCAAUGAGGACACAGAUAUUCCAAAAGGCUAUAUGGAUUUAAUGCCUUUUAUUAACAAAGCUGGCUGUGAAUGUCUUAAUGAAAGCGACGACCAUGGAUUUGACAACUGUUUACGAAAGGACACGACCUUCUUGGAAUCUGAUUGUGAUGAACAGCUACUCAUUACUGUGGCAUUCAAUCAACCUGUUAAGCUUUAUUCGAUGAAAUUUCAAGGGCCAGAUAAUGGUCAGGGUCCUAAAUAUGUAAAAAUUUUUAUCAAUCUGCCCCGAUCUAUGGAUUUUGAAGAGGCAGAAAGAAGUGAGCCAACUCAAGCUCUGGAACUAACAGAGGAUGAUAUUAAAGAAGAUGGCAUUGUCCCACUUCGUUAUGUUAAAUUUCAGAAUGUUAACAGUGUAACUAUAUUUGUUCAGUCCAAUCAAGGUGAAGAAGAAACAACAAGAAUUUCAUAUUUUACAUUUAUUGGUACUCCAGUCCAGGCAACGAAUAUGAAUGACUUCAAACGACGCCUGUCUGCUCUCACCCUUCCCAUGUUCUCGCCAUUGUUGGUGCAAGAUUUCUACAGCUUCCAUCAUCUGGAUCAGCCUUCUUGUACCUCCAUUUCCUCAACCAUCUCUUUCUUCAUAUCUUGUUCUAGUAUGUUUUUCAGUUGGCCUUUUGGUUUUUGUUUUGGGCUAGCAACCAAGUGCUUUAAUUUCAUUACCAUACUGUGUUGCUCUCCCUACUUCUGUUUUUUUACUUUCUCUCAUUUAGUUUUGUACUACAUUUUGAGAAAUAAUGCAGUAAAACAUGCACUGUUGUAAAUGCUUUUAUAUUUAACUCAUUGUUGGAUAAUGUUUUAAUCCAAUCUAAAGUCUAAAUAUUAUUUUUUAGGACUAUAGAAUUGUUUUGGAAGUCAAUAUGAAAGUUUAAGUUCUCUUACGGUAGUACUAGUAUCAUAUAUUGAUGAGGCUGUAGUUGAGACGUGUGAGUUUUCUCAUUGGAACUGUUGCCCAGUUGUCUUUUUGCUGAUUAAUUGUGGAUGUGUCCUCAGCUUUGCCUACCCAGCUGAGCUCAAGGCCAGUUGAAAGACUUAAGAACUGAAUAUUAAGGCUUGGUUAAAAUAAUAACAGAAGAUCAAUGGACUGAACAAAUGUUUUUGACACCUAAUUUUUAUGUACCUAGAUUUUUGUUUCUCUGAGGUGUAAUAAAAAGA